GAGGAAGAAAAACAGAAAGAGGACAAGGAAGAGAAUGGGGAUGGGGAUAGGGAUAAGGAAGAGAACGAGGAUGAAAAUGAGGAAGAGAAUGAGGACGAGGAAGAAAAUGAGGAUGAGGAUGAGGUUAAAGAAGGGAAUGGGGCUGAAGAUGAGGAAGAUUAUGAGGAUGAGGGGGCGAAUGACGAUGACGAUAAUGAAUUGAAUGAGGAAGAGAAUGAGGAUGAAGGUGAGGAUGAGGAUGAGAAUAAGGAAAAGAAUUUAUGGUGAAAAUGUGGAAGAGAAUGAGGAUGAGGACGACAGUGAUGAUAAGGACGACAGUGAGGAUGAGGACGAGGGAGAGGAUGAAGAAGAUAAUGAGGAAGACAGAUGAGUCCCUUAUUCGUGCUAGGAUCCGCUGAUUGUUGGUUCGGGUCUGAUUGUGAUCCAUGGUUUGUCGACAGCAUAUACAUGAAUUCCACAUGUCAUAAUAAUAUAAGCCUAUAACGAAGUUAUCUUACCGCCAUGUUUUUAAUAUACAACAGUUUGAAAGCAGAGUCCAUGGUACGAUUCCGGAUGUAUGUUUAUCAUGUUUAUGAAUCACGGUCAAAUAGUAAUGAGAGUAUGCUGGCUCAACACUUCACCUGUAAAAACACGGGAAUAAUGGUACAAGUCAAAGUACAGACUUGCAGUGGACAUUUUUGUCACUUAUGCGUCAAAUUUGGAAAUGUCCUCCACAGGAAGACAAUAAAACCCUUUGAAAGCUUUAGUUUUCAAAAUCACGACUACAGUACAAGGAGUGAUUAUCAGCAACAGAUGUAUCUGUAUAGUGCACUCUGCCAUCAUAUAUACGUCAAACAAAUAAACGCUUUUGUCCACACUGGAAGUAUCCUCAAAAGAAUACCUCGAACGCCUGUAAGUGUUUUGCCAAUGUCUGGCUUGGAUAUAUCAGAGACCGUUCUGGUCGUACUCCCAUUCCCAGGUGAGUGGAAUGUCAGUGCCAGCAGAACUGACAU